AUGAAGCGCUUUUCGAGGGGGAUGUUCUAUACAUUCUUUCUGCUAACAUACCUGACCCAGACAAUCGAGCUUUUGAAUGUGUUUAUCAUCAGAAACUACUUGGAUUCCGGGGAAACGGGGCUUGAAGAAGGACUGGUAACAAACGAAAUGGCAAAGAGCGACCGAAAGUAUAUUCCUAACAUCAGAAAAGCAAUAGGAAAAAGAAGUACGGAGCUGUUUGAAGAUAUGCUGAUACACACCAUGCAUUUCGUCGCCAGCACUCUGUUUUUUACGAGGGCGGGAAGGUUCUUCGGGAUGAAGAUUCUUAACGGGGUCUUUGGACAGUUUUUCGAUAUAGAAUUGGCAUUUCUUACGGUCGUAGUUUCAAUGCUCUCGCUAGAUGCAUUCAUAGAAUAUGUUGUGUGUGCGAUAUAUAAAAACCCGUCCCUCGAGACGAUUCUCCUGUGGUGUUUCUUUGCCGUUGUGUUUGCCAUUCCGAUCUGUAUUCUUAUUUCGAUGAAGCUCCUCAGGAUCUUUGGGAUCAGCUUCAUAGUCUCGUGCUACUUCUCCUACUUCAUCAUGGAGUUGUCUGAAAUCUUCUCCAUAUCCGGCGUAGACCUUAGUAAGAUGGAGAAGGUGCCGCCGGAAGUGUUUUCAGAGAACAUCCAGAGACUCAUGAGAGACAGGGGGCUUGAGGACUCAAUCUAUAGGGAAAAAAAACCUGGAAAGAGCCUCAAUGCGGCCCUCAUAGGAAUCGGAAGUGCCGAGAGGAUAGAGAUUUAUGGAAAGGUGGAGAAAAUAGACAACGAGCAGCUGGAGUCGAUACUCAUCCACGAGGUGGGGCAUUCCUGCCAUAGAAGCCUGAUGAAAAAGAUAUCAGUCUUUUUCAUCAUCCUGGGCCUCGAGAUGCUGUUUCUGGUAUUUUUGUAUAAGAAUGUAGCCGGGGAGUUUGUGUGCAAUGGCAUCUCGAAGCAGGGGUCGUUUAUUGUGCUUAUAUGCCUUUACUUUGCAUCUAUCCGACCAUGGCUGUUUGUGCUGUACAAUCUCACGUCUCAAAAUGCAGAAAUGUAUGCAGAUCUUCUUACUAAGAAAUAUAACUAUAACAAGAAGCUUGCAAACACUCUGUAUAAGAUCUCUGUGGACUCUUUUGACUUCCUUGCCCCAUCCUGGCUAUACAACACCCUGAACUCGCUUCAUCCCAGCAUAAUGUCCAGGAUUGAGUAUCUAAGCAGCUGA